CAUUUCUACCGGUACCCACUAAACUAGCAAAACCAAAAGAAGUGUUACCAAAUCUCUGUAUUGAGCCAGUCCACCGCCCACGCCUAGUUUGUACGCAUGCCUCAUAAACCCCAAGCCCGUACACACGGCGUGCAGAUCGGCUCGGCUACCGAUGCUUAGCUGGUUACUCCGCGGGAGGGUCGCGUGCGAUUGUGGAAGAUUUCGUGGAAUUAUCACUUUUUUGGCCAGUGGCAGCAUUUUGUUUGAUCAGGAUCCGUUCAAUGAGGAUAUCUUCCAACACGAGGAGUGCUGUUGCAUCACUUGAGAAGUUUCGUUGGAUAUUUUUUUUCUUCUGUAACACUACAGUAUAUAUAUGUAUCAUCUGCAAUGAAGCCUUUGGCUAGACUCAUGUGAUAUGUACCCUUGAUGAGGACUGCGUGAUGAAUAAGGAUUAGGCACUUAUCAAUUAUUAGAGAGCAUUGGAGACUUGGAGGGUGUGAAGACGCUCAGGCAGGAUGUAUGUACCAGAGGGUGGCGGGGUGGAAGGAGGCGAUCGAGAAGUUCUUCAUCAGGUUGUGAUUUUACUCACCUCAGCGGCCUCUCUAGUAGUCUUGGUCCUAGCCUCCUUCGUUUGCGGAAUGUGCUACUGCUUCGGGGGAUCAAAGCCAGACUACGACGAUGACGACGUCGUCUCAACGGGCUUCCGGUCCUCUGAUCAGGAACAGAAAUGGCCAAUCUUAAAUCGUUCAGCAUCGCUAGGCGCUAAGAAUUCUGGGAGGAGUCAGUCACCGGUGUUUGUGCACCAAUCGAGUUUAAGACCCCUUUCUGAGAGCGACGAUUCGGUCGCGAACGACGAAGAGUCCAUUGCAACCUACGGUACGAUGGAUAAUUCGUCGAUCGCGACGAAGACCACGGUGGAAGCGCACGUAGAGUUAGCCGAUAGGUCCGCACAGACAAGCUUUGAAAAGCAAAGUCAAGCGGACGAGAAAUCCGCCACCUUGCCACCGGACCUGAGCAAUAAACGCUCCGACACUCCAAAGAAAUCGGUGAUGUUUCGGUCCGUUUCGGUGGACCCAUCUUUGAUUCCGCUGCAGAAUUUUGUUCAAGACGUUGGAUCCAUGCACUCGGAGCCAGUGCAGCCGGCCACGAAACCCGGGAUCCUCCACAACGUCCACUCCGAACCUACAAUGCCACUACCGUCCGAGUAUGUACACGUAACAGUCUUUUAUUAUUUUAGGGGGUGUGGUGUAUUGCGUGAUGAUCGUGAAACAUGCUUUGGAAUGCACACUCUAAAAACAAAUCAGCCAAAAAUGACUAGUUGAUAGGGUAAGCUGGGUGCAACUGUUAUUCUAGUCAUAUUUGACUAUUUUCUAGUCAUAUUUGACUAGAGUUAUUUCUGACUAGAAGAUAUGUCAGAUUGCCAUAUUAGUUGACUAAUGGUCUAGUCAAUUUGACUUAUUUGUUUUAAAAGUGUAUCGGGAAGUGGUGUACUCUAGAUUUCAUGGAUUAAGAAUAAAUCAAGAUUGGCUGUAAAUAAAUGAUGUGAAGCC